AUGUCGCAACAAACCAAAGACUGGAGCGCAAGCCAAUACCUCAAAUUCGAAAAUGAACGCACCCAGCCGGCCCGGGAUCUCCUAUCACACGUGCCCCUAACAUCCCCAAAGAGAAUAAUCGACCUAGGCUGCGGCCCAGCGAACUCGACAACAGUCCUAGCAAAGCAAUACCCAUCAGCAACAAUAACAGGCCUAGACUCAUCGCCCGACAUGAUCGCGCGCGCAAAGAAAGUUCUCCCAGACCGGGACUUCCACGUCGCAGACCUGUCCACCUACAGGCCAGACCCAGCUGAGCCCGUCGAUCUCUUCUUCUCGAACGCGGUGUUCCAGUGGCUGAAAGCCGAUGAUCGCAUUGCGGUCAUUAAACGUCUGCUACAGCCCCAGGCAAAGGGCGCUGUUUUCGCACUCCAGGUCCCGCAUAAUCUGAACGAGCCUUCACAUCUUCUUAUGCGCGAGACGGCUGCUGACGGCCCGUGGGCGGGAAAACUAGCUGGUGUGCAGAGAGAUGGGUUUCAGUCGCCGCAGGAACUUUAUGAUCUCGUUAAACCGUUUUGUAGUCAGGUUGAGAUUUUUGAGACGAGUUAUUAUCAUUCGCUGGAGAGUCAUGAGGCGGUUAUUGAGUGGGUUAAGGGGACGGGGUUGAGGCCGUUUUUGGAUCCGUUAGACGAUGCGGAGGAGGAGGUUUUCUUGAAGGCGUAUUUGAGGCGCUUGCAGGGUGUUUAUCCGGUUUCUGUUGAUGGGAGGGUCUUGUUGAAGUAUCCGCGGUUGUUUAUGGUUGCCGUGAAAUGA